AUGCCUAUAUAUGUCAAAUUCAUGAAAGACAUCAUCUUCAAGAAACGCAACAUUGACACUGAACCUAUACUUUUAACUAAAACUUAUAGUGCUAUUUUGCAGGGCAUGAAGAUUCCAGUAAAAAAGAAGGAUAUGGGUUUGGUCACUAUUCCAUGCGUAAUUGAGGAUAGAAAGUUCAAUAAGCCAUUAAUUGAUUUGGGAGCUAGUGUGAGCCUUAUGCCUUUGUCCAUCUAUAGGAAGUUGGGAAUAGAUAAGUUUGUGUUUCCUGUUGACUUUGUUAUUCUUGAGAUGCUUGAAGACGAAGAGAUGCCUCUGAUUCUUGGAAGGUCGUUCUUAGAAAUAGGGAGAUGUAUGGUAGAUAUUGAGGAGGGAACCAUGACCCUCAAGGUUUAUGAUGAAGAGAUAAAAAUUGUUGUUAGGAAUGCUAUGAAGUACAAAGAUGAUGAGGGGACAAGUAGGUUAGUUGAGGUGUUAGACACAGUGGUAGCUUAA